CUGGGAAGUGGCAGUCAGUAAAGGAGUAGGAGCCAUGGCAGCAACUGCUCAGUACCUGCCGAGGAAUAACAGCUUGCCUUCCAAUCCGCUCAUGCAUCCGGACUCUGACAGGAUGCACCAAGGUACCACCUACAGAGAGGUGCAGAAGAUGAUGCACCAAGAGUAUUUACAAGGCUUGGCCACUAACGCCGGGCAUCCCAUGAGUCUUACCCAUCACCAGUGGCUGCCCAAUCCUGCCAGCGACUGGGGCAGCGGAUCCCAUCUGGGCGCACAGGCGGAGCAUGGGAAAAGUGGGGUGCAGAGUAGCCGGGAGGACCUGAGCAGCAGCUUCCAUCACCACAGGUCGCACCUGGUUCAUCAACAGACUCCCAGCAGUCAUGCAUGGGCACAGAGCGGGGGGCAUCACCUGCCUCCCAUGUCCCCCGGCUCAAACAGCCACCAGCCCCUUAUCUACUCGCAGUCCUCUUACACUAACCUGAAUGGCAUGCUGGGACCCCAGGCUUCCUCUUUGCACCACAGCAUGAGAGACCCCUUGCACGAUGACCCCGGAGUUCUUGAUACUCACGUAGAGUCCCCUCCUCAGCAUCUCAGCCACCAUCAGGACCACUCAGACGAAGACGCCCCUAGCUCCGAUGACCUGGAACAGUUUGCCAAACAGUUCAAACAGAGGAGAAUCAAGCUGGGCUUCACACAGGCAGAUGUGGGCUUGGCCCUGGGCACCCUCUAUGGGAACGUCUUCUCCCAAACUACUAUCUGCAGGUUUGAAGCGCUGCAACUGAGUUUUAAGAACAUGUGCAAACUGAAGCCCCUACUGAACAAGUGGUUGGAGGAGACAGAUUCCACAACGGGGAGCCCCACUAACCUGGACAAGAUCGCAGCCCAGGGCAGGAAAAGAAAGAAGAGGACCUCCAUUGAAGUUGGGGUGAAGGGGGCAUUGGAGAACCAUUUCUUAAAGUGCCCCAAGCCCUCAGCUCAUGAGAUCACAUCCCUGGCAGACAGUCUCCAAUUGGAGAAGGAGGUGGUGAGAGUUUGGUUUUGCAACAGAAGGCAGAAAGAGAAAAGGAUGACCCCAGCAGGGGUCCCUCACCCCCCCAUGGAGGAUGUGUAUUCACAAGCAGAGACCCCUCCACUCCAUCACACACUGCAGACCUCAGUACAAUGACUAAGAAAUAUAUAAAAGAGGGGAAUUGUGAGGGGGUGGGAUGAAGUAAGUACUUUUGGAUUUUACAAAAGAAUAUAGUUACAGGACCCUUAGGAAAAGACUGGAAAAUCUCUUGCCAGAAGACAAAUAUAAGACACGCAAACCACAAUAAAAGCAAACAAACAAAAAAAAAACCUUUCCCAAUUCUGUUUGGUACAACUCCGCUCAUCUAGUGUUCUUGUUCCUUCUUGAAGGUAAAAGGAAAAAAGGGGUGGGUGCCAUUUAUUAACCAGAAAUCCGAGGGAUAAGUUCAAAAUUCUAUGAACUGUGAAUAUUUUUUAUUAUUGUAAAUGUAAAUUCUCAUUCUCACAAAGACUUUGGUAGCUUUGAAUGGAUAUAUGUGUGUUAUUUAUUAAAUAGUCAGUUAACCCCUAAAGUUCUGUAAAAGGGCAUAUCUUUGGCUUGGAAAGGGGUUUUUAGAUACCCCUGCUGUUUAAAACACGAAAAAGUAUAUAUUUAUUUGGGAUUCAAAAAUGAUUAAAUCACUCAUCUUUGUUUUAUCUAAAAGAUAACAUAUCCAAAGGUUCUUGUUUUAUUUUAUUUUUUUCCUUUUUGUCAUGAAUUUAUGAUUCUUUCUCUUGUCAGGGGCAAAUCAUUGCCUGAGAAAGUUCAUGCUGCACUAGCAUUUCUCUGACUUUCCUGCCACACAAUUCUUUACAAUGGGAUCUGCAAUGAAGUAAUUUUACAAUAUCAAUUGUUAAUGCUAUUUUGUACCCAUUUUCAUUUACUUGCUGCUCCUAACAAAAAAAAAAUCACAUGCCACAUGUUUAAGUUCUUUAGCAUGGCAUUUUAUAUUUGUGCCCAAAAGAAUAAACCCAACAAACAGCUCACAAAUCUCCAAAGGCUUCUGAAAAUAGUUUGUGUACAAAAAAGAGGGGGAAGAUAUAGAAAACCAACAAACACAAAAAACAGACAUAUUCCAUUAUAAAGCAAAUAAACUCUAAAGAAGAUUUUUAACUGAAUUGUAAAUAUGUGUUAUAUGUAUACAUAUGUACGUUUUUGAAAUUUGUGUGAUGAUGUUUUUGUUUGUUUCUGGUUUUUUUUUUCAUUCUACACACUUUUGUACAUUUACUAAUUUGAAGAGGAUAUUUUAAUAUUAUUUCCAUAUAAACUUGACCCCCCCCCUACUAUUUAUUUUGUCAGUUUUUGUUUUCAAGUUUGGCUCUGUAAAUUACUUUGCAAUAUAUAUAUUUUUUUUGGUUUGGUGAAUUCUGUUUGUAACUUUUACAAAUAUAGAUUUUGCAAUUUUACUUUUUAUAUUUAUGUUAAAGUAAUAUGGUAUUACUUACAUAAAAAGGAAGCCCUUUUAAAAAAA